GAUCACAACAUAAUGAAUAGUGCAUCACUACCGAGUAUCGCUGUGGGUGGGAGCCUCUCGCGUUCUCCCGGCCGGUACUACGUAACAGAUCCAUCCGCGCUCUCCGUCUCAGACACGGCGAAUCAGCCGCACUCCCAGCCAGGCGGAAGUAGCGAACGUCGAACGCCUGACAACGAAAACACACCGCGGGGACGCAGCCUCGCCAACGGGCUUCCGUUCGAUUGCUGGACCUGUGUGAAGGGAGAGCUGACCCGUCGUACUGCCUCAGUCCCAGGUACAAUUAUUUGACCCAUUCUCGGGGCCAUUCAGAGUGCGACUAAAUGCAACUAGGCCAGGUUGAAUGUUGGCAUGAAGUGGUUGGGCGAAUCCAAGAACAUGGUAGUGAAUGGCAGGAGACAUGGCAACAGGCUGUCCCAUGAGCACCAUCGGAGUCGGGCCAAGCUGCACAGAUUAGGGAGAGGAAAUUUAAGAGGCACUAAAAAUGUUUCUGAUAGAAGAUCAAGCAGGUGUAGUGGUGAAGCCACAAAUGUUUUUGAAACUCAGAGCCGCUAUGUACCUUCAUCAGGGAUGACCGCUAAAGAGCUCUGUGAAAACGAUGAUCUUGCAACAAGUCUGGUGCUGGAUCCCUACUUAGGGUUUCAGACUCACAAAAUGAAUACAAGGUUUCGUCCAAUAAAAGGAAGGCAAGAAGAGCUAAAGGAAGUGAUUGAACAUUUCAAGAAAACUGAACAUUUAGAGAAAACCUUCAAAAAUCUAAUAUCUGGUGACUGGUCACGACACUAUUUUCUUAAUAAGAAUAAAGCACAGGAGAAACAUUUCAAGGAACAUGUGUUUAUCUAUUUGAGGAUGUUUGCAACCAGCAGCGGGUUUAGCUAUAUGCAGAAACGUAAUGACAAAAUAGAACUUCUAGUGGGAUGCAUAGCUGAGCUUUCUGAAGCCGAAGAGAAUAUGCUUCUACGUCAUGGAGAAAAUGACUUUAGUGUCAUGUACUCAACAAGGAAAAACUGUGCUCAGUUAUGGCUCGGGCCAGCUGCCUUCAUUAACCAUGAUUGCAGACCUAAUUGCAAGUUUGUAUCGACUGGGCGUGACACUGCGUGUGUCAAAGCUUUGCGUGAUAUUGAGCCAGGGGAAGAGAUCUCUUGUUAUUAUGGGGAUGGUUUUUUUGGCGAAAACAAUGAGUUCUGUGAAUGUUACACCUGUGAACGGCGUGCAACUGGUGCUUUUAAAUCACGCGUUGGUCUUAAUGAACCGAGUCCUGUGAUCAACAGCAAGUAUGGAUUACGGGAAACAGACAAACGUUUGAACAGACUCAAAAAGCUUGGUGACGGCAGCAAAAACUCAGACAGUCAGUCUGUCAGCUCCAACACAGAUGCAGACACCUCUCAGGAAAAAUCUAGCUCAUGCAGAAACAGAAAAUCUUCAGUUGGUUCGAAGAAGAAUGGGAAAAGUAGAACGCUGACAAAACAGUCUUUGUCACAAAUUUCAGUUUCAUCUUCUACCUCAUCAAAACUCUCUCAUAUAAAUAAUUCCAGGGUACCAAAGAGACUAAGAAAGCCUGUAAAGCCUUUCCAUUCUAAAGUUAAGAUGAGAUAUCACUGCAAGCGACCAGAGCAGAGAAAUACUUCAAAAAAUCUUGAAGUAGGGAAUGUACUACUUAAGGAACCUAAAGUAGUGUUGUAUAAAAAUGUGGCCGUUAAAAGGGAUAAAGAGAGCGAAGGACCAGCAAAGUUGAAAGAAAGCACUGGUUGUUUAACAAGACAUGCAGCAAGAGAAUUUAAACUGAAUUCUCUGAAAGGUGCUCUUGGAGAAUCAUCUUGUUCAUAUAUAACUCGAAGCUCUAUGAGAACAAGGAACUCUGUGGAAGCACCUGAUGCUAAGCUUUCACCAAAUUCUUUGGAUGUUCAUAGAAGCAGCGAUGGGGGUGUUCCACCAUUGCACAGAACUGACUUUCAAGAUCAGUCAUUAAAUAACGAUGAAUUUGAUCAUAACACCUCAAACAGACAGGAGAGUGGAUACCAGAGAAACGGUCUGUGUAAAUCUAGAAGGAAGUCUAGACGGAGCAAACACUUGAAACAGGCUGCUAACCUCGCUGUGUCAAAUUGUGAUUUUGAAUUGCCUGGCAAGGAUAAUACUUUGCCAAACCUAGUGAGUUCACAUUGUGAGUCAGAUGCUGUAAAUGCUUUUUCUGAUGGUCAUGUUGAUUAUAAAGAUCUGAGGACAUCUUCAGAUGGUUGCCCUGUAGUCAGUUCAGAAAUAAGGACAAAAGAAAUAAUCAGAACUGUCAAAAGUAAAAAAAGCAGACGAAUCACAAGAUAUGAUGCACAAUUAAUUCUUGAAAAUAGCACUGGAAUUCCAAAACUGACUCUCCGUAGACGCCAUGACAGCAACAGCAGCAAAGCAGAAAAGGAAAAUGAUGGCAUGGGCUCAUCCAAAAUUAGCAUUAAACUGAGUAAAGAUCAUGAAAAGGACAAGAACAGUUUGUAUGUAGCAAAACUUAACAAUGGUUUCAACUCAGGAUCAGGUAGUAGUUCAACAAAACUAAAGAUUCAGCUAAAGAGAGAAGAGGAAACGAGAAGGCCUUUUCCAGAGGAACUUCAUGAAAAUGGUGUGUAUUGUAAGGAUGCAUUGUCUCUGCUGGGAACCAGAAUGGAAGUUAACAACUAUGAUCAUUAUGAAGAAGAGAGUAUGGGGGAUUCUUCAUCAGAAGAAGAGGGAGAAGAUGAAUACGACGAUGAUGAUGACGACGACGAUGAUGAUGAUGAUUUUGAGGAUGACUUUAUUCCUCUACCACCAGCAAAACGUUUGAGACUGAUUGUUGGAAAAGAUUCAAUAGACAUCGAUAUAUCCUCCAGGCGGAGAGAAGAUCAGUCUUUGCGAUUGAAUGCGUGAAAUAUUAAUAUUUUUUUAGGUUGACCUCAACAGUCAUUUUUACGCAUUACCUAUAAAUAAACUUAUUCCAUUGAAUUAUUCCUUUACAUUAAAAACUGUAAAUUUUAGAGACUGCACUUGUUAGUUCACUCUGAAAUGAUAUUGUAGAAAGUGUACAGCAUACCGACUUAAAUUUUUAAUUUUUACUGUACUUUUUAACAGUCUUCUUACGUGCAAUUUUGAGUUAAAAGGAAAAAACAAAUGUCAUUUGGGUCGUGUUGUAUAUGGGAGGACAAUGUACAUAUUAAACUUUCCCACACAAGACAAUAAAGUGUAGUAGUGUGGCUACCCAGUCAUAUUUGUUUAAACCCUUAGAGGCUUUAUCAUUAAUAUUUUAACAAGAAUCACAGUUGUAACAUUACACUUUUUCUGUAUGUUGUUAUCACCAGCAAUGACUACACCUUUCAAAUUUAUUUGCUUAGUGUCUUGUCCUUCAUAAAUUCUUCAGUCAGAAGUCUAUUUUUUACUAUACCGCUAUCCUAAAUGUCAUGUCUGUGGCUUUUGUUAGCAGCAAAUUCUUCAUUUGGGCUUGUUUACACUGGGUGCAUUGUUGUGCAUUUUACUACAUUUGUCAAAACAGGUAAAAUGCAUGAACAUGAGUAAAUCCAUUGAUUUCAAUAGGGUCCUUUCACACUAACACAUUAAGGUGUGUUAGGUAAAAAAAGGCCUGCAUGUUGUAUUCUUGGUUUGUUGAUCUGCAUUUUCCCCUUUCAAGUCAUUCGAAUAGGGUCCUUCUCAAAGAAUGUAAAAUGCAUCCAAAUAUACACUGAAACACAUACAUCUGGUGUGAAUGAGCCCUCAAAGUCUAAUUGAUUUCUUUAACAAAACAAAAAAUUGCAGAAAAUUGUUUGCUUAUCUUGGUAGCACAUUUAUGUACAGGGCCUAGCCAUAUGCAGAAUAAAAGUUUGGACAUGGUGUAUUUAUUGCUUGUUAUAUAAAUAUAAAAAACUUAUAUUUAACACUUAAAAUUUAGAUAAAAUUGUUCUUUUGAAGACUGAUUGGUGCUUAUUUUUUCAUGGAAGAGGCUGUGAAAAAAAAAGGUGACAAGGAUGAAAUGUGUCCGCUUAAAUGCAGCUGUCAUCUACAUACACAGAAAAUUCUUGUCCCUUCUUGCAGUUUGGCAAGGCUACAACUGAUUGAAUGUUAUGAACAUUCUGACAGGGAGCUAAAGGUAUGUUACUUUUUUCCUUGUGUAAAACCUAACUGUAUAUAAUGUAUAUAUGAGUGUGGUGAGGAGUUUCAUUUCUGCCAUAAAUAAUGAUUUACCGUAAUAGUUAAAACUUAAGUAUUCAUGACAAUAAAAUAGGAAAUUGUAAACCCAA